GUAGCCGCAGGCGUGCAGGGUCUCUAUAUAAACACCGGUGCUUCUUCCCACACACUCGCAGAUCCAGUUAGUCUUUGCACUUUCUAGCUGUUGGAGGUGGGAUAAAGUAUUUGAUAAUCAGCCAAGAUGCCUGCCCCCGGUGUGUGCAUGAACAUCAUCAGUGCGCGUCACAGGAAAGAUGGUUAUGGGAUUAUCACCAACCCUGAGAGGUUCCUCAACCAGGACUACCAGCAGCUACAACAGUACUGCAACAUCCGACGAGUAAGGUUCAUCGACGAGAUGUUUCCGCCUGACAGAAAUUCCAUCGGACUGGAGAUACUGAAACCUUCUGACCUGGCCCGAGUGGAAUGGAAGAGACCAGGGAAAAUCGUUCCCAACCCAUCUUUUGUCGUCGAUGGAGUCUCCAGGUUUGACUUUGGUCAAGGCUUAGUGGGAAACUGCUGGUUUUUGGCAUCUAUCGGAUCUCUGACUUUCACGAAGGACAUCCUUGGGCAAGUUGUUCCUCUUGAGCAAAACUUUGAUGAAAACUACUGCGGGCUGUUCCACUUCAGGUUCUGGAGGUUUGGAACAUGGGUGGAUGUCGUCAUUGAUGACAAGCUCCCAACAAUCGAUGGGAACCUCAUCUUUGUCCACUCCAAAGACCCUCAUGAGUUCUGGCCUGCUUUGCUGGAAAAAGCUUAUGCCAAGGUGUGCGGUUCCUACUCGGACAUGAAUGCUGGAACUCCUGCCGAAGCUUUGGUGGACUUCACUGGCGGGGUCCACAUUUGUAUCCAGCUGUCAGACCCUCCUCAAAACCUGUGGGAAAUGAUGUGCAGAGCUGGCAAAUCAAAGUCAUUGAUGGGCUGUGGCACACCGCAGGGUGAGACAUCUGCCAACACCGUGCAAUUCAAUGGACUGGUCCAAGGCCAUGCCUACGCUGUCACAGGAGUUAAAGAGGUGAUUAGCCAAGGACAGUUGGUAAAACUGGUGCGUUUGUGGAACCCCUGGGGCUCAGUAGAGUGGAAAGGAGACUGGAGUGAUCAGUCACCUUUCUGGAAAACUGUGAGUCCUCAAGAUCGAGACCUGUGCCUCUCAGUCCGUGAUGAUGGGGAGUUUUGGAUGACUCUGCAAGACUUCUGCAAGAACUACAUAGAUCUUGACAUCUGCUGCCUGUGUCCUGACUUCCUUGACGGCAGCUCCUCUUGCCACUGGAAGUCUUCCAUCUAUGAGGGCAGAUGGGUUGCGGGAACCACUGCCGGAGGCUGCAUGAACAACCUUGACACCUUCUGGACUAAUCCACAGUACCGGGUCAAGAUUGACAAACUGGCUGGUGAAUGUGCUGAGACACAGGGUGAUAAUAACAUGCUGGUGUCCCUCAUGCAAAAACCUGACAAGAGGAACAGACGCAUGGUUCAGAACCUCCACAUCGGAUUCUCUGUGUUUGAGAUCACUGGAGAGUACAUGGGGCAGAAUGGAAAGUUUCCAGCCUCCUUCUUCAGGAUGAACAAACCAGUCGGCCAAAGUAAAACCUUCUUAGAUGCACGUGAGGUGAUGGAGCUCAUGGCCCUGAAGCCUGGUGAAUACCUGAUAGUGCCGUCCACUUUUAAUGUCAAUGAGACAGCCUCCUUCAUCCUGACCAUCCUCUCCAAAGCAGAGACCCACAUCCAUGAGAAUUCUGGUGGCCAUAACCACGAACACGAGGAUGAAGAGCCCGUUCUAACCGGAAAGCGUGAAGGCGAUGAAGAUAAGAGAACCCUGUUUCGUCAGUUCUCUGACAAGUACGAAGAAGUGGAUGCAGAGCAGCUUCAGGGGCUCCUGAAUAAUAAAAUUCUGAAAGGAGACUUGAAAUCUGGAGGCUUCAGCAUCGAUGCUUGCCGCAGCAUGGUUGCUCUAAUGGAUACGUCCAUCACAGGGAAACUGAAUGGAGAAGAAUUUGUCCGUCUUUGGAACAAGGUUGUGACAUACAAAGACAUAUUCUACAGGACUGAUGUUUCACAAACAGGGACACUGUCACUGAGUGAGCUGAGGAAUGCCAUCAUGGCUACAGGAAGGAAGAUGAGCGAUGAAAUGCUGAAUCUGAUGGCUCUGCGUUACGGCGCCACCUCAGGACAUAUAACACUGGAGAGCUUUAUCAGUCUCGUGAUCCGCUUGGAGUGCAUGUACCAAAUCUUCAAUCAGUUGUCUGACGGAAUGGCCGUGACUCUUCGUGAACCAGAGUGGAUGUAUCUUUCGAUGUACACUUAACCUGAAGGAGAAGGCGAAUUGCAGGAUUGGAAGAUAUAAAGAAAAUUAUGUACAAAAUGCCAUAUUGAUUAUUUUGUUAAAAAUCAUAUCUACAGUGGCCAUUGUCAAUUUUGCUCAACUGUCACAGUAUGACUGCAUCUAAUGAGUGUGUGGUCAUCCUAACUGAGGUUACAUUGAAAUGUUACUUUUGUUACAAAUACUAGUACUAAUAAAACAACAUAUUUUUUGAGUAAAACUUUUUUUGUGAGGUAUAUUUGAUGAACACAAAACUUCUGUUAUCAUUAAUCACAUGUGUUUUUACACUUAAAAGUGAAUAUGUAGCCAAAAAAAUUUACCCUUUGAAUUUUGUUAUUACUGUUCUUCCUACUGUCCAUUCAUUUAAGUGGGUUUGUAGUAUUACCUGUUUUACUGUAAGGUGGUGGACUAUAUCUGUGCAUUCACACCAGCUGUUGAGUAUACUGAGUAUAUUAGCAUCAAGUUAGGAAUAGACUUGUCCUCCCUCAGGAUAAAUCGUAAUCUUUGUAGGGAUCUCUUCACCUUUCAUCUAACAUCAUCACCAUAGUCAAAUGUUUGCAUGGCCUCUUGGUAAACUAAAAUGUCGGUCAUGGUAAACGUUUCACCUGAUAAAUAUUAGGCAUUUUAUAUUGAAAAUAUGAACAUGUUGACAUUUAGUUCACAUCACUACUGUCUGUCUGUAUGUGCUCCAUCACAGGUUGUCAUGGCUGUGACCUACAUUCUCUGAUGCGAUACUUGUAUUUUUUAAGUGCUUACUGCAACUUUACAUCUGCAAUUUGACCUUUUUUCCCCACUCACUUUGUACUUAACAAAAUAAAGAUAUUCAAACAGU